UGUAGGCUACACACGGAAGCGCGCAGACUGAAAGAGUUGGUUUUUUCUCCGAUUGGCUGAAGAGUUUUUAUCUGCUUGACUCACCGAAAAGUUAUCUGCACACAGUGUUUAUGACAAUGAAACAUUGUUAAACGCAAUUCUGUCGUGUUUCUUGAAAUCGACCUCGUUUUUUUUUUUUUCAGACAUUGAACGGAUCUCAAACGGUUGAAGAAAAUGAUUCACGGGCUUGUUUUGUUCUGUUUAUGUUUUUUUCCUCUGAUUGGCGCUGAGACAGAUGAGCUCGUGUCAGCGAUGGAGGGAGGUUCUUUCACUCUCCGGACUGGUUUUACUGAAAUGCAGGGCGAUCAUGAGAUCGAGUGGAGGUUUGGAUCGAACAGAACUCGUAUAAUCAAAAUACAGGCGGGUAACAUUUUUACAGACGAUAUCACGAUAUUCAGAGACAGAGUGCUGAUCGAAAGACAGACUGGAGAUCUCGCCGUCACAAAUAUCACUAAUGAACACACUGGAGUUUAUGAACUAAGUAUCGAUCUCGGACUGAGAGAGUUGCAAAAAAAAAUAAUUGUCACUGUUUAUGCUCCUGUGCCUGUUCCUGUCAUCACCAGAUACUCUCCUCAGUGUUCAUCAUCAUCAUCAUCUUCGGGGUUCAAAAGUGUGCUGCUGUGUUCAGUGGUGAAUGUGAGUCAUGUGACUCUCUCCUGGUACAAAGGAAACAGUUUAUUGUCCAGCAUCAGUGUGUCUGAUCUCAGCAUCAGUCUCUCUCUUCCUCUGGAGGUGGAGUAUCAGGAUAAAAACAACUACAGCUGUGUAGUGAACAAUCCUGUCAGCACCCAGACCAAACAUCUGGACACCUAUCAACUCUGUCAGACAUGUUCAGACUGUGACAACUGGAGUCAAAAGGAGCUGUGAUCCAAUUGGUCGUCUCUGCUGUGGUGGGCGUGGCUGCUGUUGCUGAUGUUGUUGUGUACUGGUUCAUGACAUCAGAUCCAGAAGAACUGAACCGGAGAGGAAAACUCAGUAAUGUAUCUGGGAUUAUAAAACAAGAAUAAACAGUCUCUUUCUUUUUUCUUGGAAUGUCAUGGCUGGAAUUGUAAUUAUUGAUUAUGUGACUGAAUCUAUUCCAUCGAACUGCAGUGAUGUUAUCCUGGUGAAAAAAUAAAAAAAUCUUGAUGAUG